GACGCGCCCCCGACCCGGGCGCCCACGCCGGACUUCUGCCGGGGCUACUUCGAUGUCAUGGGCCAGUGGGACCCGCCGUUCAACUGCAGCUCGGGCGACUUCAUCUUCUGCUGCGGGACUUGUGGCUUCCGGUUCUGCUGCACGUUUAAGAAGCGGCGACUGAACCAAAGCACCUGCACCAACUACGACACGCCGCUCUGGCUCAACACCGGCAAGCCCCCCGCCCGCAAGGACGACCCCUUGCACGACCCCACCAAGGACAAGACCAACCUGAUCGUCUACAUCAUCUGCGGGGUGGUGGCCGUCAUGGUGCUCGUGGGCAUCUUCACCAAGCUGGGGCUGGAGAAAGCGCACCGGCCCCAGAGGGAGCACAUGUCCAGGGCCCUUGCGGAUGUCAUGAGGCCACAGGGCCACUGCAACACUGAUCACAUGGAGAGAGACCUAAACAUUGUUGUCCACGUCCAGCAUUAUGAGAACAUGGACACGAGAACCCCCAUAAAUAAUCUUCAUGCCACCCAGAUGAACAACGCAGUGCCCACCUCUCCUCUCCUCCAGCAGAUGGGCCAUCCACAUUCAUACCCAAACCUGGGCCAGAUCUCCAACCCCUACGAACAGCAGCCACUAGGGAAAGAGCUCAACAAGUACGCCUCCUUAAAGGCAGUCGGAAGUUCUGAUGGUGACUGGGCAGUAUCGACACUUAAGUCACCAAAAGCUGACAAGGUCAAUGAUGACUUCUACACCAAGCGACGGCACCUGGCUGAGCUGGCUGCUAAGGGGAACCUACCUUUGCACCCCGUAAGAGUGGAGGACGAGCCCGGGGCCUUCAGCCCUGAGCAUGGUCCUGCCAAGCAGAAUGGACAGAAGUCCCGCACCAGCAAGAUGCCCCCACAUCCCCUGGCCUACAACUCUACCACCAACUUUAAGGGCUGGGACCCCAACGAGCAGUCCCUCCGGCGGCAGGCUUACGGCAACAAGGGCAAGCUUGGCACGGCCGAGACAGGCUCCAGCGACCCCUUGGGAACUCGCCCCCAGCAUUACCCACCCCCACAGCCAUACUUCAUCACCAACAGCAAAACAGAAGUGACUGUCUGAGCUUUCACCACAGGGAGCACCCUGGAGACCACACUCAACUGAGAGAGGCAAAAAACAACCCCGCCCACACCCUCCCUGUCCUCCCCCAACACGUGCGUCCACACACUCACUCUCAACAAGAACCAACUCUAAACCUACUGGGGACACGGAGUCGCAUUUUUCCUAGGUCAUGCCUAUAACGUGUCGGCGGGCAGCUGAGAAAGACCGAAGCGUGGACAUUCAGCAAUACAGCAAAGAGGAAAACUGAGGCACACUCUUUCCACUCCGGGACCAAGGUGGCCAACUCACAUGCCCAAACCAUGGGGCUGAGUUUUCUUUUCCUCCUAACUUGAAACUGAAAUCCAUGAUGACAAAAUAUAAAAGUAGCACAAUUUAGAGAAAUUGUCCAUUUGAGCACAUACACUACUUGCCACGUGCUGUCUGUUUCUAGGUUCGAGAGCCAGGGUGGAAGUGGGGAAAGAGAAUGAGGGAGGACACAGAGAAGAGUGCAUUCUGGAAGAGGAGUUGUUCUGGGAGGAAUUUGCCCACAUCAGAAGCAUUUUUCUAAUUGC